GCUUUUAUGUGUGGCAGUUGAACUGAAGACAGCUGAGUUAGCUGUGUAGCGACGCUAGCAGACGUCGGUUGGGAUAAAAAGUCACGGGUGUAGGUGUCGGAACCGGAGCUAGCUUAGCCAGCCAGCAUGGGGGAGGAAAUGGAGAACAUGUCAGUAAACACGAGCUCGAAGACGGAGGAUGAGAAUCAUGUACCUGCGGAGGACGGUGCUGUGAAAUCUUACACGCGCGAUGAGGUUCAAGCUCAUAACAUGAGCAAAGACACAUGGCUGAUUAUCCACGAUAAAGUUUACGAUAUUACAAGUUUCCUCGAAGAGCAUCCGGGAGGUGAAGAAGUGCUCCUGGAGCAGGCAGGGUCGGAUGCAACCGAGAGCUUUGAGGACGUCGGCCAUUCCACAGACGCCAGAGAGAUGCUCCAGCAGUACUACAUCGGAGAGCUGCACGAGGAUGACAGAAAGAAAGAGACUAAAAAGGAAGUUUAUAUCACAACUUCAAAAGAGUCCAGUUCGUGGAGCACCUGGCUGAUUCCUGCCGUAGCGGUGGCUGUUGUAGGCUUUAUGUAUCGUUAUUACAUGUUAGAGCACAAAUCAUCUUGAGCACGACUCAGCAGCUCCUGGAUUCCUGAAAGCGUCUCAGCACAGCGCUUACCGGUACGAGAUUACCCAGCAGUACCUGACAGUCUGAUUGGUUUGGGAUCAGGAUCCAGGCCAGCGCAGCGCUUUUCUCUCUCUUUCAUCCAGAGGCCUUGAACUUCUCUCUCUGAUCCCACACACUCUCUCACACACACACACUCUCACACACACAACACAAUGUCUGACCAUCACUGCCCUUCUCAUGCCAGCGAGUUUACCAGGAACGCGAGGAAUCACAGAAUUACGCUUUCUUGUCUUUUUUUUUUUUUUUUUUUUUUUUUUUUUUUUUUUCUUUCUUUCUUUCUUUUUCUUUCACUUCCUGUUUUUCUCUGUGCGCAUUAGGAAGAGGAUUAGUGCAGGAUGAGGUCAGUCCGUGCCUCGGUUUGGACCGGCUCCUCUUCAGACUCGCCCCUUUAACAGUUCACACGCAGCACUGAAUAGGAACGUGGUGUACGUAGAGCUGUGUGUGUGUGUGUGUGUGUGUGUGUGUGUGUGUGUGUGUGUGUGUGUGUGUGCGCGCACGCAUGCCACCUUCUGUUUCUCAUUUCUGUCCCCUCUUUGCUCUGAUUGAACGUAGUGUUAUGCAGAGGGAUUUCAGGAUUAUGGCUUAUGAACAUGUGACUAUUUUAAUCGGUUUGGUCGAAGGUUUAUGCAAUCAAACAACAUACACACUCAGUAAAAAAUCUUUAUAUUAAACUUCCCUUAAUAACUUGCAUUAUUUACUGCACUAGUUAACAUUAUUAUUGACAUCAUUUAACCCGCAUGUGACUUUUGUUUCCUUUUUGGAUGAAUAAGAUUAAUAUAAAUGCCCUUAUUUUGUAUAGAUAUGCAGCCUUUUAUAUCAGUUUUCUUCCAGCACAAAUAGGGCUGUGUGACUGCGGUAGUUUUAAGCGUGUCAGGUUAUUUUAUUAAAAGCUAAACCAGUACAAAUGCAAAAGAAAAAAAAAAAAAAUCCUGGUAUUUAUAGUACAUCUACAAGUUCAGUUUUCAAAAUUAAAUUUGAAAAAUUCCCCACAGUGCUUGUUUAAAAUGCACAGCUGUGAGUGAAUGUGCGUUCUCUCUCUGCGUCAAAGAUGCAAUUAAAAAAAUUCUACUCGAGAGCUGUACGACAAAAAUCGUAAUCAUACCGCGAUACUUAAACAUUUCUACGAUGCAUGAUACGUGAUACGAAUCUCGAUAUACAGACAACAGUAGUGCAAACUGAGUCUGCUUUUUUUAAAUGUGGAUUAUUUACAAAAUAUGAAAUGCUUAAAACCGAAAAGGAGCAAGAAAAUAAUAUAUUUUUAUAAAUUCAAUCAAAUAAAUUACAGUAAAAAACAGUUUUAAAGUUUCUAUACAUCAGCUGCCUUCUACUCACUUUGUAAUUGUUUUUUUUUUUUUUUUUGAAUCAUAUGUGCGAUAUCUCAAAAGUGUAUCGCGACGUAAUUUAUCAUGAUAUUGGUAUUAUGUCAUCAUAUUGCCCAACCCUGUGACUGUACAACUAAUAAUUAGUAAAUUAUUGAGCAGAUUUUUCAUCCCCUGAAAAAACCCAGAGUGUCGUCAUUAAUACAUCAUCAGUAACACUGAAGUGAGUAACACUCGUAUUGUUUAAUAAUAUAUAUUUUUUAAAAAUAAGCCAAAUAAUCAGCAUCUGCAUUAAGCAGUGUUCAUACCAUCGCUGAAUAAAAUGAAAGUCUCAAUGAACGUGUGUGGCAAAACGUUAACUGGCAAAAUUCGGACCUGAGGCUGGAAAGCAAGUUUUGAGUCGAAUGAGACUUUAAAAUUUUUUUUAGGCGUCACAGAAAUAUAUCACUCUUCUACAUCUUCUUCAUUUCGCUCAAUGCAAGUGUUCCAGCGCUUAAAGAACGUCCAGAUUCCUCUACAAAAAAAUUCUCUAAUUUAUGUCGCACUUUUUCACUUUUUUGACGCGUAGUUAGCUUUCAGGAAAUUCUCAACAUCUAGGAGCAUGUGCUUAUUAAACCUCUUUGUGCAGAAUUUGUUUAUACGCAUGUUCAGAUUCUUUAGAUUUUCCUUUUUUUUCUACUUAAUAUGGAAUCAUGUAUGAAUUUUGAUUUUGUCUAAAUAUCAAAUAUUAAAAAGGUAAAUGGAUUGUCCAUGAGUUAAGGCUAAAACAGAAUACCUGAAGAAAUAAUAAUAAUAAUAAUAAUAAUAAAUCCUCCAAUAUACAAAACUUUAACAUGUAAGACAAUUUUUAAAAAAAAUAUAAUUUCUGAACAUUUCAGCACUGUUGCAUGAUGCAAAGAGUUAAAAAAAAAAAAAAAAAAUCCCAUCUUCCCCCAAAAACCCACUAGUUUAAACAAACAUAAGCUAGUUUUUAAAAAUCUAAAGUGUUCAGUGGAGUCUGGCACAAAAAGCAUUUCUACUUUUUUAUUGUUUUAUGUAGGAAGUUAGUAAAACCUGGGAAAGACAAACGGUCUAGAGAGCUACAGAAGUUUACAUUCAUUUACAGGAACGAUCUCGAGUGAUUCAGAAGUGAUUUACAUUUUAGAUUUUCUGAAAAUGAGUGUGGACUCUGUACGUGAAAGGGUGUAGAAAUUAGAAUUAGAAAAAAAAAUUUUUUUCUAAUGUAUGAAAUUAGAAUAUUUUAGAAAUGUAGUCCUGGAUUGCAUCAGUCAACUAACAGGUGUUAACUUUGUUUCUUUGUUAAUAUUACUUCUGUAUAUUAAUGCUGAGUCUUUAUAAUUUAUGAAUGUUAAUUAACUAAUGCAGUAAAUGAGUUUAGUGAAUGUUAUUUAAGGGAAACUUAAUGUAAAGUGUUGCUUGUUAUAUUAAUAAGCAAAGCCAGUGACAGUAAGCUAACGUGUAUGAAUUGCUAGUUGUUUAAACGUUAGCUAAUGAAUGAACACCGCGAUAAUGUAUAUUCCUUCUAUGACUAUAAGUACGACCGUGUAAAUUUGCAUAAAUUAGCAUAAUUAAAUUGUGGAAUGGGAAAAAUUAAUGCUGUGGAAUGUUUAGCUGAACUCAGACUCACAAUUCGGCCUCAUUACUGGAUUUAUUUUUACUCAGAACCUGGAAUAAACACUGUGCGUGAAUGAAUGGGUUUAUUAUUUGGUUUAUCGUUUUUAAAACACCAGUGAAUACGAGCAUUAAUUAUUAGCCGAGUGUAAAAGUUAACGACUCGUGUAAGUAAUUUUAGAUCAGACAGCGUUAAUGUUAGCAAUGUUAAUGAUUUUUUUCUCUCCAGUUUUUGCAGUCUCCUGUCAUUUAUAGUCCGAAGGUCUACAUUUUAAAAAGUUCUGAUCUUGGAUCGGAUUUCUGCGUGAAGGUGUGUGACGUGAUUAACACUCGACCCCCCUUUUCUUGUCUUCUCUUUUCUUUUCUUUUUUAAACAUGUCUCUUGAGAAACAGAUUUGCGAGGUCCUGAGCAUUUUAAUACUUGAACUCUCAAGCAGUCCAUAAGAUCUACAUUCAUGUGCUGAAUAUUCUAUGCAUUUCUUCAUUGUUGUUUUUUUUUUUUUUUUUUUUUCCCCUCCAUUACAAAAUCACUGGCACUUGUAAUGUGUUGCUUCAACACUUGUUCAUGUUCGGUUAAAUUGCUUUCCUGUUCCAAGGAAACAUUUUAAGUUAUAUAUACGUCCAGACCUGCAGUUCCUCUUCAUGCAAAGCAGCUGCGUUCCUGCCUUCUCCAUAUUCCAUGUUCGAUUUCCUAUUUCACGUGGUGGUUAAAUGUUUUAUCAUUGUGUAAAAGAUGUUACCUAGUUACAGUUUAUGUUGUGAUUCGGUAUGUUUGCUCCCUGUAUACCUUGACAUAAAUUCAGUGUAUGUUGGGAGUGAAAUGAGAUUUAACCGGUCUGUAAUCACUGAUGUAGUGUAAUUUAUGCUCCGAUUAUAGACUAUUAAAAGUACAUUCCCACCCGA